GUUAGUUAUUAAUAGAUUUGAUUUGUCUGUUUUACCUUUUGUGUUUUUUGAAUUCAUAAGUUUGUGCAAUUAACAUCGAGUCUGUAGCAUGAUAUAUACAUAAAAUAUUUGUAAGUCUAGUUUCAUUUCAUCCCAAUUAGUUGGCAAUUUUGGUUCUUGGAAUGUCAAAAGGACAAAUUAUUAUUAAUGGAUCUUAUAUUUACUUCUUCUUUUUUUUUUUUUGCCACCUGUUAUCUAUGCCAAUUUUGAGAAUAAGAGCAGGUAGGUACCUCAGUCUAUUGUGAUGUUUUAUUGGACAAUAAAAAAGAUUGUCCCUUCUAGUGCUACAUAAUAGUGAGACUCCGUCUGGUAUUUUUUUUAUUUCCAAUAACACUAUGUAGCAACAAUUUCAUUGAUUACCAAUUGAUUUAAAUGAUAUUCUUGUGGUUUUAGGCUGAUGAGCGAGAAGCACAUCUAGGGUUGAUAUAUCCUUGUUUUCUGGGUGCCAGAAUGCUAGGAAGCACAGUUUUUCCAUGGUUUUUCAGUGGACCAUUAUCUCUUCGUACUGAGGAUUGCCUGGUAUAUGUGUUCAUAGUAAUGGGUUUUGUUUUGUCCAUAGUGGCCUACGAUUAUCAGGAAAUUGGAGUUCUUGUAGCACUAUUCUGCUUAUUUCAUGCUUGUGUUGGCCUUCUUUUACCUUCACUUGCCAGAUUGAGGACUAUGUAUAUACCAAAUGAGUAGCGUGGAGGGAUGAUGAGCCUUUCUCUAGCCCCUGCAAAUGCAGCAAUUCUAUUUGUCCUAUUGUAGGUUUCAGUACAUGGCUAUAUCGGAUGAAAGGCAAAGGAUCAUGCCAACGCCACAGGACCGUGAAGCUGGCCUAGUCCUUGACUAUCCUGAAGCUGUUCUGUUGACAAAUCCAAGCAAUCCAGAGCUCACUGGGGAGGUGGAUGAUAAGUACCAAUAUUCAUGUGAUGACAAAGACAAUCGGGUUCAUGGGUGGAUAUGCUCCAACCCGGUUGUUGGAUUCUGGAUGAUCACACCCAGCAAUGAGUUCCGUACAGGUGGCCCUGUCAAGCAAGAUCUCACCUCGCAUGUUGGCCCAACCACCUUAUCUAUAAGUAUCCGAUAUUGUUCCCUUUGCACAAUCCUUUGCUAUUAAUCACUCAGAUAUCAUGCUUUGCAAGAGAGCACACUUUCAAAUGGCAUCAAUUUUACUCACUGGCCCAACAC